AUGUUCCACAAGGAGGUAGCUAACAGGAUUUUGCAGUUGUGUGGGAGUCCACAAUUGGAUAUGUUCGCAAACAGACUGAACCAGCAGUUGCCAGUGUUUUUGUCACUGGUUCCCGAUACUCUGGCAUUGGAGUACGAUGCGUUGAGCAUAAACUGGAUGGGAUUGGAUCUGUAUGUAGUCCCACACCCAGUUUUACUCAGGAAGAUUCUGGGCAAGAUAGGUCAGACAGCAAAUGUGUCAAGUGAUGCUUGUGGCACUGAGUGGGGCUGCCCAACCUUGAUUUCCACAGCUUCUAUCACUGCAAAGACUAAGGCAGAUCAUAUUGAUCCCAUCUUUGUGGCUAAGAUCCAGGCACCAGGAGAAGAAUUUCCUCUGGCAAUCAUUCAAACUUUGUCUUAUGGACCAGAUUCUGUUACAAUCCGGCCACAAUCACCUGGCUAUGCAGCAGAAGGAGGGAGUUUGACUGUGAAUUGUGAAGCUGCCUGUGAUCCACCAUGUUCCUUCUCCUGGAAACUGGGGACUCAGCUAAUCACAGCCAGCUCUCAGUUAAAACUGAGUAACAUCAACAGGAUUCAGAACGGGAAUGUUUACACAUGUAAAGUGACUAACACGGCUAUUCCAAAAUCGAAAAGUGAACAGUUCACACUGAAAGUAUACUAUGGACCAGAUUCUGUUACAAUCCGGCCACAAUCACCUGGCUAUGCAGCAGAAGGAGGGAGUUUGACUGUGAAUUGUGAAGCUGCCUGUGAUCCACCAUGUUCCUUCUCCUGGAAACUGGGGACUCAGCUAAUCACAGCAAGCUCUCAGUUAAAACUGAGUAACAUCAACAGAAUUCAGAAUGGGAAUGUUUACACAUGUAAAGUGACUAACACGGCUAUACCAAAAUCGAAAAGUGAACAGUUCACACUGAGAGUAUACUGUGAGUAUUCAUUUAUGUUUCCAGUGGUAAGAGGAACUGAAGAUACUGCUGCAUGGCAAACUGCUUUCACCACAUCUGAAAAGAUAUCUGGCUUUCUGGAAAGACCAUCAGCAUCAGCAUUCAACUUGCCAGCUCGAUACGACAAAGUAAAAUCAUAA